AUGCCACACAAGGUCAACAACGACUCCAAUUCUACCCUCGCAAGCCGAGGCAGCAUUGGUGAUCCCGUCGUUGCCACCGAAGUCCGGACCGCCAAUCCCGCUCGGAAACCACCCGUCAUCGUCCAUAAUAAGGGCGGUCAAAUCUACGACGAAACCCGGCCGUCUGACUGGGACAAACAACGCUGGAAAUAA